CCUUGUUUUCCGUCUCCUUCCUUCCUGCUCCUUCCCCUCUCCUCCUCUCCUACGCCUCCUCGCCGGCGCCGCCACCGCCGGAGCCGGAGCCAUGUCCAUCGCUUGCGGCAUGGAGUGCGUCGUCUGCCUCGGCUGUAGCCGCUGGGCCUGGAAGCGUCUCACCUACAUCGGCUCCUACGACAGCGAGUCCUGGCCCCUCGCCGACCCCUCCGAGUUCGCCCCUGUCCCCCGCAUCUGCCGCGCCAUUCUCGCCGUCUACGAGGACGACAUCGCCCACCCCCGCUUCCCCCCCGACGGCGGCUACCGCAUGGAUCCCAAACUCAUCUCCAAGCACACCACCUACGCCGAUACCCAAGGCCAGUGCCCCCCUUACCUCAUCUACACCGAUACCGAGCACCGUGAGAUCAUCCUCGCUAUCCGUGGCCUCAAUCUCACUGCGGAGAGUGACUAUAAGGUCCUCCUCGAUAACCGCCUCGGUAUGCAGAUGUUCGAUGGUGGAUACGUCCACCAUGGCCUCCUCAAGGCCGCCACCUGGUUGCUCAAUCAAGAGGCUGACACACUCCGCGAGCUUUGGCUCCAGCGAGGCCCUGAUUACCGCCUCGUCAUUGCCGGCCACUCGCUUGGCUCGGGGAUUGCUGCGCUGAUGACUGUUAUCAUCGUCAAUCAUCGCGAUAGGCUUGGUGGUAUCCCGAGAAGCCAGGUCCGGUGCUAUGCUAUUGCGCCGGCUAGGUGUAUGUCGCUUAAUCUUGCUGUUAAGUACGCUGAUGUUAUUCAUUCUGUUAUCCUUCAGGAUGAUUUUUUGCCAAGAACUCCAACACCUUUGGAGAAUAUCUUCGGAUCAAUCUUUUGUUUGCCCUGCCUAUUAUUUUUGGUUUGCAUGAGAGAUACCUUUAUUCCGGAAAGUAAAAAGCUGAAAGAUCCAAGAAGACUUUAUGCUCCUGGUCGCAUGUAUCAUAUUGUUGAGAGAAAAUUUUGCAGAUGUGGGAGAUUUCCUCCUGAGGUUAGAACUGCCAUUCCAGUUGAAGGACGAUUUGAACAUGUUGUUCUGUCUUGUAAUGCUACAUCUGAUCAUGGAAUUGUUUGGAUAGAACGUGAAGCACAAAAGGCUUUAGAUUUAAUGGAUGAAAAUGUUGACUUAACUUCACCACCAUCCCAAAAAAUGGAGAGAAAACAGACUCUUGAGAAAGAACAUAAGGAUGCACUUGAAAGAAUAGUCAGCUUGAAUGUGCCAAAUGCGGAACCACCAAUAAGCAAGACGGCAAAAGGCAGUAGUGAUGAUACACCAGUCAAGAUCAUAAUUGAGGAUUCCAGUGAUGAUACACCAGUUGAGAUCAAAAUUGAGGAAUCUUCAAGUAACAAUUUGAAUUCCUCUGGGAAAACUAACUGGGAUGAAUUGGUAGAGAAGCUGUUUGACAGAAAUGAAUCUGGUAACCUUGUUCUGAAGAGAAAUAUACCUGUGCAGUAAAUUUCCAUUGUGAGUGUCCUUUUCCUUUCGGCUUUCUUUUCAUUUAGAUAUAAGUCCAUAUGUGUGCCCAUUGUGUGUAUAAUAUAAUAUGUGUGUAAAAAAUAGAAAAAUAAAAAAUCAAAUCUUAUGAAUUUCUGGGAAGAGGAAAUUUAAUCUAGAAGAAUGUAUAUCAUUGUUUUGCCUAAUUGGCUAUUUCUGUAUCAGUACCCCUCAAAAUUUGUUGAAAAUUUUGUUAUUGUAAAAUCUCUCAACUUAUUUGAAAUG